CAUUUUUCAGGGAACCAGGAGCUCAAAAGCAUGUCGGGGAAGCCCAGGCUUACCUACCUUAAUGGAAGGGGGCGAAUGGAGCCCGUACGAUGGCUGUUGGCAGCAGCUGGCGUGGAGUUUGAAGAAAUUUUUUUGGAAACAAGGGAGCAGUAUGAAAAGUUAAUCAAAGAUGGAGUCCUGAUGUUCCAGCAAGUGCCCCUGGUUGAGAUUGAUGGGAUGAAGAUGGUGCAGACCAGAGCCAUCCUCAGCUACAUAGCAGGGAAAUACAAUCUCUACGGGAAAGACCUGAAGGAGAGAGCCCUGAUUGACAUGUACGUGGAAGGAAUAGCAGAUCUGAUGCAAAUGAUUUUGAUGUUUCCUUUCUCUCCACCUGAGGCAAAGGAGAAAAAUCUUGACUCAAUUAAGGAGAGGGCAACUAAUAGGUACUUCCCAGUCUUUGAAAAGGUUUUGAAACAACAUGGCCAAGACUUUCUCGUGGGCAACAAAUUCAGCUGGGCAGAUGUGCAGCUGAUUGAAGCCAUUUUAGCAGUGGAGGAGAAAAUACCUGCUGUGCUGUCGGGGUUUCCUCAGUUACAGGCUUUUAAAGUAAGAAUGAGCAAUAUGCCUACAAUUAAGAAGUUCCUGCAGCCUGGCAGCCCAAGGAAACCCCCACCAGAUGAACGUUAUAUAGAAACUGUGAUGAAGAUUUUUAAGAUAUGAAUGCCUUGCUACCUUCAGCGAGACCCAAA